AUGGUCAAAAAGGAUUCCAGCUUAGAGGUCUUCACUUGGUCCGGCGACGCAUUCGACCUCGAACAGGAACGCCCCAACGGCCAAGCCCGUCUACCGCAUCAUGUCAUCGCCCCCGCGGUAUCGGAAGCACAGCCAGUCGGCAAAUUUCGUAAACGGUAUUACGUUCUGGAGCCUUUGGGCGUCUGGGUGAAGCGCGGCCGGUACAGUUGCAGUACCUUCGUAAGCCCAGCUUUCGAAGAUGAUGUUGCACCGUCACCACCUGCCGGAACCACUACCACUACGACCUCUCAGUUUGCCUCUGGAUCAACUAUUAUCAUCGCCAAUGCCGCGGCUGCUCUGAGUCAGGAAGUUUCUAAUUACGAAGCCGGCGGCUGCUACGCGCUCAGUCCGCGACGGUCUACUUCAGCGCUCUCGCCGGUGUUUCCAACGUCUGUAGGCGCAUGCGAGGCUGCAUCUCCUGCUCCACAUGGUCUCACUACUGCUUUACCCGCUGCCGCUUGCCAGCACGCAGUGAUUUGCCAGCCGGCCCCAGGCUGUGAGUCCGUGUCAGUUUGCCCGCCCGCCGCUGCCAUCUUCGCUCCUCCAGCAACUGCCGACUGCCCAGCUCCUGCGGCUGCUAUGGAUUUGGGCUGCAGAGCUGCUACCACCAGCUCCCGAGCCAGCGGCAUGAACGUUGGCUGUAGCGACGUGCAGCUGCGGGAGGCCGUUGUCUUUCGACAGAACUCCUUGCCGGUCGCUGCCUUGUAUGGGACUCCAGCGGUGGCUGGCAGAGUUCAGCUGGGGCGAUCUUUGAGCCUCGCAAGCGGAAGAUGCGGCGAGACAAACAUCUCGUCAUCAACUGGCUACUGCACUAAAGCAAUGGCGCCAUUGCCAUUGCCGGCAUCGGUUGGCGCUGCUGCUGGUUUCGGUGCCGCAUUUGCGGCCUUCGACGGCUGCUGCCCUCACCCGCUUCCGCCUCCGACGACGACCAAUCCUGGCAUGCUGAUUGGGGAGAGGUCGGCGCUUCCUCGUCCGCCGUUGUCACCCGUCUUCCCAGCUGAGACAAAUCACAAGGCGACCACCACCUCCAAUGCCUGUGCCGCUGCCGUGAAGGGGCCCCCAAGCUCUUGCUCCUGCUCUCACUCCGGCUGCUACACGACCCCGAAUUGCCAUGGUGGGUGUGACGCAUCGGGACAGGUCUGGCAACAUUCCACUAUUUCAGCGCCGACAUCGGCCUGGCCUGGGUUGGCUGUUGCACCUGACCCCACGGUAACUUGCACGCCGGGCGCCUCUGCCGGUGUUGGGCCGGCUGUCUCUGGAGGCAACAGGUCCUCAGGAUGCGUUGGCCCCAAAGCCCGUGGCUUUGACACUCGGCCGGGGCACCUGGAGCCUUGGAUGAUGUCAUCGAUGCCGCCGACAACGAUGGGGAAGCCCAUGCAAUCGCACAUGAACACGCCUGCGGUCGGCGCAGUACCGGGAUUUGUUCAGCAGGUGCCGCCGCCGGGAUCUACCAUGCCUCCACAGGCCACAGGCCAUGUGCAGGUGCCCGCUCCGUCGUCGGCGCCGAAUGAGAUGCCGUCGUCGGCGCCUUGGCCAUGGCCGAUGCAGCGACUGGUGCAGCGGCCUAUGCCAGCCCCUGCGUCUGGGCAGGGCCAGGCUCUGCACCCUGUGCCGGUGAACUUGCCUGGUUGGAAGCAGCAUCAGGAGCCCGUACCACGGACCACCGGCACAGCAGAGACGAUCGCCUUCCAUGAUUUUCAGCUGCACGGCGGUGCGGUUCCCCCCGAGCAAGACUGGGAGGCCGGAUGCCCCACGGAGGGCUUUGGUGACGGCUGCAACCCCCCCGACGCGGAGGAUGAAGGACUGCUUCCAAGCCUGAGCCUACUAACCGGCGGCUUGCGUGCCUUGCCUUUGCCAAUACGGCACUCCAUCCAGUAA